AAAAAAUGACUUUACUCACGAAAAUUCCCUCUCUCGACUGCCGAACCAAACCCUCGCCCCUCUCACGAUCGACGACGCCAUACCUUCCCUCUCUCGGCUGCCGUUCAACCGACGACGACGUCACUUCAACAUCUAAGGAGAAGCUACUGCUGACUCUUUCGUAGUCACUCCCGGCCGCCGUUGUAUGUGUACAGUUGUUUAUUUCAGACGGCUUUCUCUCGGCUUCAUUUGAGCUCUCAUCGUCGUCAUUUCCGAACUUUUUUUUCUAUUUUGUAGAUUUCUUCAUACUUGUUCUUUCCAUUGUCUUCUUGCUUACUGCUCCAAUUCUCCAUCUCCGAUUAUUUUCGUUUUCAUUAUUGUGGGAAGAUAGUAAAGAUGAAUAAUUCAUCUGCUGGGUCGUCCUCAAAGCAAAGAACUGGAUCGUCUCAGCCCUCUGAAACCUCUUUUAAGCGCAAAAGAGGGGUUUUUCAGAAAGAAUUGCAGCACAUGAUGUAUGGUUUUGGAGAUGACCCUAAUCCCCUUCCAGAAUCCGUAGCACUUAUGGAGGACAUAGUUGUGGAGUACAUCACUGAACUGGUGUAUAAAGCCCAGGAAAUUGGAUCAAAGAGAGGAAAGCUAUCAGUGGAAGACUUUUUGUAUUUAAUGCGAAAGGACCCACGCAAACUGAACCGUUCAACUGAACUGUUGUCGAUGAACGAAGAGCUGAAACAGGCAAGGAGAGCUUUUGAGAUAGAUGAAGAUAAGCUGAAAAAGGCUUUUGAAGAGGAAGACAAGAUGGAUUAGUAAUCAUUGGAAGAUAUUUUGGAGGUCAUAUGUCAUUGUUGCUGUACAGACAAAGUAUGUCUCAUUAUGGUUCCUUGCGAUAUUAAAAGUCACGCGACGGGUCUUAGAACUCUCUGUCUUUGUCAUCCUUUUUAGACAGGGCAAAGCAAAGCAAUUAGCGUUAACAAGGUAUAUUUUGUUUUUUUCUGCUUAAUGGCAAUUAAUGUACCUGCUUAAUGGCAACUUAUACGUAUAAAGGGUGGGGGCUCCCUAUUGUACACGCACCCCUUUUGGAAUUAAUGAAAUGAACGCCUCUUUUAAA